AUGGCCAUAAAUAGCAGCAAUCCAGCAUGGAAUUACGAAAAUGUGAUUUACUACUCUGAACUUCUCCCGCGCGUGUCGAAACUGUCGCUAGUUGUCUCGCCUCUCGAAUCUGAACCCUCCCAUCUGUCGCGUCUUGGAUCAUCAAAACUAUUCGUCAAGCUGUCUGCUAGCGACAGUUCUAGCACUAUUGAACUUCCAGCAAAGGUCUCUCCUGAUACGCCAAUCUCUCUAAAACAGCUUGCUGCUUUCUCUGAAGGGUCUCUCUCUCUUCGACUCACGGCCGCGCGACAAGAACGCGAAACACAUACAGUACCGUUCCCUGCGAAUGAGUUGUCUCAAGCACGUCAACUUCACUGUCGAUCAUGCGACGAACCUCUGCUAAGAAAUGAGGUUAAGUUCCUGAACAUGCCAUCUGAAAAUUGGUACGAGAUGAUGGACUAUUGGCACUGUCAUAAACCAGAUCAUGACCAUAACGCGUCCAACGCGAUCUCAAAAGAUAUGCUCAAACCCCGGCAGGGCGUCUCUUUGGUCGGAGUUUCUUACAUUGAUGUUUUGGACGGCGAUUUAGUUGAGUUAUCUGAAAAGAAUCAUUCGCCGCCCCUUCGCUGCGCAGCCUGCACCAAACCGAUAGGCGUUUUCGACGCCGUCGACAAGUCGAUUGCAAAGAUUCACAAAUGGAACAUCAGUCUCACUUUGGAUGGAGAAAAGAAAGUACACGACAGCGAGAUCUAUUUUGCGGAAAUUUUGCUGGAAAUCGGUGAUAUACAUGCAAACUAUCACUUUGCUGUCUCACGAGCAUCGGCGAAGGAUGAUGUUGUUUUUUACCUAUGGGUUUUCAACAACGACUUGACGUACAGCAGCUCAUUCCAACCCCACCCUCAGCGCGCAAUGAAGAUUUUUUAUUCAACCAGCCCUCCCACUACACAGGUCGUCACCGAAAGUAUUGACAUUCCGGACGAUUUGCUGGAAGAGACCAUGUGCGUUCUGAAUACUCGAAACCGGCAGCUACCAGAGUCCUUGAGGAAGUUUGGGGAGUGGGACGUCAGUUUGUUCCAUCGAUUGUAA